UUUCUCGAAGGGAAUAUCGCUUGUUUUGGUUUGAAAUUUCAAUGUGUUCGUCAGUUUUCCCUUGCAUUGAUCAAUGCAGGGAUUGAAAAACGAUGGUGAAUGAAUCGGAGGCUAAUUCGGGAACGCCAGAAGUGGUACAUUCAAACCAGCUGCUAAAAGGAUUGAAUCAACUGCGACAGCGCCGAGAACUUUGCGAUGUUGAACUUUGUGCUGGAAAACACAGGGUUUCGGCCCAUCGUGUGGUCCUUUCUGCUUGCAGUCCCUACUUUAAUGCUAUGUUCACGGGAAAACUUCUUGAAAGCCAAAAACAAGUCAUCCAAUUAAAAGAAGUCGACGAAAAUGCGCUUCAUAUUCUGGUCGAUUUCGCGUACACCGGAAAAGCUCAAGUCACACAAGAGAACGUCCAAGUUUUGCUACCAGCUGCCAAUUUGCUGCAGUUAAACAGGGUCAAGGAGAUCUGCUGCCAUUUUCUUAGCCAGCAGCUUCAUUCGAGCAACUGUUUAGGAAUCAGCAAGUUUGCGGAAGCCUACUCUUGUCAGAGCCUUACGAAGAAAUCAAGGAAGUACGUUCAAGACCACUUUCAAGAAGUGAUCCAACACGAGGAAUUUCUCCUUCUCUCAGCUUCUCAGCUGACGGAGCUACUCCGGGAUGACAACCUAAACGUUGUAUCAGAACAAGUAGUGUUUGAAGCAGUGCUAUCUUGGAUUAAACACAAACUCCAGGAUAGAAUUUCACUCCUUGGAAAACUGCUUCAGUACGUCCGGUUACCUCUGUUGACAUUGCGUUUCCUCACACUUAACUACGAGACAAAUGAACUGAUUCGCGCAGACAGGACGAGCCAAAUUUUAUUAAACGAAGCGUUAAAAUACAGACUUGUGCAAGGAAAAUGCCUUUCUUGUGACACAACGGUGAAUCCUCGUCGAGCACCGAAACGCAUCUUUGCACUUGGUGGUAAAAAUGGCCUUUUUGCCACUUUGAGUAGUGUUGAAUAUUAUGAACCCGAAAGAGACAGAUGGGUUGAAGUAUCGAGCAUGAAUCUCAGAAGAUUCGAGUUUGGAGCAGCGGUUUUAGAUGGUAAACUUUAUGCAGUUGGUGGCCUUGUUUGCGGUGUUGGCGUGCACAGUGGUGCACCAUUCAGAUAUUGUGAUAAUGGAAGUGAGUGUUUUGAUCCUGAUACUGGUCAAUGGAGUAGAGUGCCACCCAUGAAUCAAUGUCGCAGCAACCACACAGUGCAACCGUUAGGUGGCUUCCUCUAUUCUCUUGGAGGCUAUGAUGGCAACUCAUACCUCAACACAGUGGAAUGCUACAACAGUCACACCAAACAAUGGAGUCAUGUGGCACCAAUGCACUACAGUCGAAGCUGCUUUGCCACAGCAGUUUGUGAUGGAUAUCUUUAUGCUCUUGGGGGCUAUGGGCCAUCCUAUCUGAGAACUGUUGAACGGUAUGACCCUGCCUCUAAUUCAUGGGAGAUGAUGCCCGCAAUGAGCACAUACAGAAUCAAUUUUGGAGUGGGGGUUUUGAAUGGAUGCCUCUAUGUAGUUGGUGGCCACAAUGGCGUGUCCCAUUUACGAAGUGUUGAACGAUUUGACCCAGUCUCCAGUGAGUGGACUAUGGUAGCCCCAAUGAGUCGCCCUCGCACAGGUCUUAGUGUUGCGGUGUUGAAUGGACUUCUGUAUUCAGUUGGUGGUCAUGACGGCACAGGUUAUCUUAGUCUUGUUCAACGCUACGAUCCAUCUUCCAACACAUGGCACAAUGUAAAGAGCAUGUGCUCUAGUCGAUGUAGUUUUGGAAUAGCAACUCUGUAAACAUUUUCAAAAUUAAUGUGUAUAUAAGCAGUUAUUCAAAAUUUUAAUUAUGGACUGAAGUAAUAAUUUUAUUAUUGAAUAUAGAUUCAUAUUGAGCCUUUACUAGGAAUAUCACAUACAUACCAUUUUGUGAAUCCAGUGAUGCACUUGUUCAAGACAAUAUUGACCAUAUUGUAAUGUAUAUAGGAAGAGCUGGAAAGACUGACACAAGUCAGUCCAUAAAAAGUCAUCCAGCCCAGGACCCUUGUUUGAGGAAUUAGUUACCAUGCACAAUUCAGAAUGUGAAAAAAAAACAAAAACAAAUCAGGUGUUAUUCAGUCUGGACAGGAAAAUAUUUGAUGUUUCUCAGUUAUUUAUCACAGACCUGGUCACCCAAGAAAUAUUCCUUGACAGUUCACUAGCUCAGUCACAUUCAGUUUAAUCUUUGGUUCAUUUGUGUUGUUUUUGGGAUGUGUGUUUCUCUUCCUUGCAGUUGAGCAGUCUGAUUUUCCUGUCAUGUAGGAUGAAUGAGUCAGCUGGCCUGCUGUCAUUUACUCUAUCAAAGUUGAAAUUCUUCCAACUUCUUUUCAUACGUACUGUACAGUACUUUGUGAUUUACUUACUAGGAAGAGAUUUGAUUCAUGAUAAGUUUGCCCUCAUUAAACAACAUUCAUGCACAAUGCAUGACCUAGUAGCAACUUUCAUACAUUUAUUAUAUGGCAUAUUCUUGUAACUGACAAACUGUGCACUCUAAUUGGCUAGUUGUAGGGAAUUAUAAUUUCUCCCAUAAUAUGCCCAUGGGUGGAUUGCAUGCUUGCUAAAACAAAGCAAAAAGCCAUAUAGUAAACAACUUAAUAUCAACCUCAACUGUUCGGUCUUAAUGGGAGAAUCUCAAACCUCUACCUUGCCAUAUUAACCUCACUAUCGCUCUGACAGUCAACACGGCAAGGUCUCAGUCUGAGAUUUUCCUGUAAAGACCUCACUCUUGGUUGAUAAGUAGUUAGUAAGAACAUUUCAUACAAAGACUUGAGAUAGGGUUUUGGCAUUGUGGUUUUCUCACAUGAGAUGCCUAGCUCAUUAAAUGUAGGCUAAAAAAUUGUUGAAGAGGGUUUAGUAAAGGAAUGUUAAGUACUUCAGAAAUAUCCAUACUCCUGACAUAAUGUUUUUGGUUAGCUCUCCCCCCUCCCUCCCCUCCCUUGCUCAACCAACCCUUAGGAAUUUUCAGUUUAACUAGUUCUCCCCCCUCCCCCUCAGAAUUUCUGCUAACCUUCCUUGGGAUAGGAAUGGAUAUUUCUGGAACUGCAUUUAACAGUAAACCAUAAGAUAGAUAAGAAAUAAUUAAAUGCGAGAGGAAAGGGGAGUCAAAAAUGCUUUGUAAAUAGAUAUCUUCAUUUUUCGACAUUGAGCAAUAAAUAAUAUGAUGUCCUCUUCAGCAUGUACCUUUGAUAUACUUUUACUGAGACACGUUAAGAACUUCCUCACCAGUUCUGUUUGAUUCGACCAAGAAUUUUGAGGGUAUAGUAUUAGUUGAUGUUGUCAACAUUGCCAAUGUGAUGUGAGACUUCCCACAAACACAAUUCAAGCUUUGUUUGCAUUACCCAAACUCAGUAUCAUAUUUGUGUUUUAUAGAAUAUAUUAUACAGCUGUAUCAAAGUUAUAUGACCUUAAAAUAAUGCAAUAUUAUAUUAUCAAUGUGUUUUUAUGAAAUUAUUUCAAUUAAAGGACCACUAAGAAUGUGAGCAGCUUUUUUAAUUGUCAAAGGGCUUAUAAUAAAAAAAAAUGUGCAUUUUAAUGUGCUGCACAUUAUUGCUGUUCUAAAAAUAUAAAUUUUGGCUUCACUAAUCAGUAAAUUAUAUUUGCUACAGUCAAGUUGACAUAAAAACCAGUAAUGAAAUGUACUAUUUGGCAUUAUAUAAGAGAUUAUAUGAUGCGAAAUAGACUAGUCACUUACCCUGCAUAGAACCAAUGAUGCAUGCUCUUGUGGAUCACUGGCCUUGAAAUAGUCAUCCCACAUGAGGCUGCAAUAACAAAAAAUUACAGUGGUGAAGCUGACAAAGAACUAAGCAAACACAUACAAGCUCCGCCAACUCUAUGAGGGGUCACCUCUACAGUUUGUCCCUUCCUGUAUCUCCUUGUGUGAACAGUACACCAUCUCCCUUCCUGCGAACGUACAUUUUAAUGCCAUCCAGCACUGGCAUUAUGCUGUUUACCUGAUUAACAUAGAAUACAAUGAUAAUCAUUCUUGUCAGGUUCCUGGAUAAGAACAUCUUUCUUACAGUUUAUAGAGUUUUUAUUUUUAGCAUGGUAUAUAUCCCAUGCUCAUAAUUUAUCACUCUCUAUGGGAAAGGAAAACUUAACUUGACUAAAUGAUGCUGCCUUGAACCUUCAAGUUUGCAUUUUUCUUUAAAUGUUUGUAUUGAAGAGUUGGUCAUACAUCUAAGGGAGUUUAUCUGCUUGUGAUAGGAGACAAGUGGUAACUCCUCUUGCCUGAUUUUUUUCUCUUUCUUAGAGAUGUAUUAAGCUUAGCAGAAACUUCCUUGAUGUUGCAGAAUUGUGUCUAUUUAUUUAUUUACUAUUAAUAGAUUUUAAUAAUUUUAUUUUGGGGGCAGAGUUGAGGAUCUGACACUAUCUGCAGAUUUUUAAUACCCUAUUCGUAACUCUUUUAGGGAAACAAAAUUUAAUAUAAGUUCUGUAUACUGUAGGCUUUAAUAAUUUGUAAGAAAACAUUUUGCACCUCAUUGGUUAAUACUAUAAUAAUUAUAGUUAUAAUUAUUAAAACUGUAGGCUUAACCUAAAACAUGGAAAAAAUUACUACAGACAGUACUUGUAUUUGAAAUGACAGUUUUCUGAUCAGAAAUUUUUAAUAAAUUUUUGAAAACAAAGAUUCUGACUAGAGCCGGUUUCUACCUGUGGUAAGUGUCUUGGACAAUGAUUUCCUUUUGACCAAGGGGAAAUUUAAACAGUGUGGCCAGGCUUUAGCCGCCUACGCAGACAGUCUUUGGGCUCAUCACACAAUCUUCCGCACAAGAUUGCGUGACGAACCCAAAGAGCGUCUGUGUAGGAGGCUUGCCAGGCAUUUACUGUGGGACAGUUUGCAAGGGAGGACAGUUUAGGAGAAUAGGUUGGAGCUCCAUACUUUCACACAUGGAACCAUUCACACCUCACCUGUAAUCAAAACUUACUACAGUUGAACCUGUAUUAAGCAGUCACUCUCAGGGAAAUGGCUAAGUGACCGCUUAUAAAUACAGGGUGAUUGCCUAAUACAGGUUGCAAGAAGAACGGUUCAAAUACAAUCAGUGCUGAAAAGUCCUUGUACCUUGUUACAUAUUUGAAACUGUAUGAACAAAUAAUUGACACUGUGUGACCAUUCAAUACAGGUCAAGACAAUAGAGAUCCAAAGUCCUGUUGGGACUUCGCAAAUUGACCACUAAUAGAAGUAAAAAUUACAGUAAUUAAGGGAAGUAGUUUUCGGGACUUUAAAACUGACCGCUGAAUAGAGGGUGACAGCUUGAUAUGGUGCCACUCAGUACAGGUUCAACUGUAUUUUAAUUUCCAACUUGAUGAUGCCAAGACAACAUUGAAAUGUUUUUUGGUGCGGAUAUUUGUUAAUGUAUUAACUGAGUGGAAGAUUGUACAAAUUAUACAACGGCACAGUUCAUCUUCAUUGAAAUUAAAGGAUUUAUCUUGAUCUUUUCCAAAAGGGCAUGGUAACAAAUCUUGUAAUCUGAUCGGUUCUUAGUGCGGUCUGGAUUUUCCUAUCUCUGUCCAUCGUCACAGUAACGUGUGAAAAGUUGACAAUUAUUAUAAAAGUGGGAGGGAGGAAAAAUAAAUAAGUUAUUUACUGGCUAUAGUCAGUCCGUAAAGUGCAAAACUGUGACCUUGGACUUGAAAAUGUUGCCUGAGGCCACAGUUGUUCACCAUACAGACUCCCAACCGGCGAAUAUCAUAUAUUUCAAUCUUUUUCCCUGAUCGUAAAGUUCACAAUAUGUUAACCAGUGUCAUUUACAAAGCAUGCUGGUGGACUGCAUGUCAGAGGUAAGGCUAAAUAAUUAAAUACAGACUACAACAGUGGAAAGAGUGGCAUUUUAUUUCAUCGACACAAAUACCUUUAUAAGUUACUAUGCGAUCAUAUUCUUCUUCUUCAAAAAUGACAUAUGAUCCGACAUCAGUCAAAACAUAUUGCCCAAUUUAUUAUUACAGAAUUUAUUAAUAAGUUGUGUCCCUGUACGGCCACAAGUUUCCAGUUACACAAUCUCUAACAAGACUUUGUACAGUAGAGAUAUCUACAUGCAUGUUCCAGAAUGAAGUGGAGUUUAAUGUUUUCAUUUAUUUACAGGAUAAGGUGUUAGUAUUGUACAGAUCUUUGAAAGGAGGGGUCAUGAGUUAGUCAGGUUUACUGCUGUUGGCAAAGUAAUAACCUUAACACCCUACAUCAAACUCCUUUCAAAUAGCCAUGACUAGAGCAUUCUUGUUGGUCUUGGUACUCAGUUGCAGAGCUAAGUUCACCUUAACAAAGUUUAAAAAAUAAUUAUUUAAGUUACUCGUGACAAAAACUUGUGAAUGGUGAGUCUGAUGCAGCAUCUCGCCCAUGGGACUCAUCAACCUUUUCUGCUUCGGCAAAGUCAUUAAGCACCAUCCUCCAAGCCCCACUUUCAACCAAUUGCAGUGCUCAACCUUUUUGCCAAAGCAAAAGCAUCUUUGAUGUGUCCCUCUGUCCAGAUGAAAUACUGGGUCAAACUAGCCAUUUACAAGUUUUUAAUAAUUAUUAACAUUUCAUACACAAUACUUUUUAACAAAGAUUAAGAAGCAUGUUAUGAUGCUGAUCAUACCGUAACAAUAAUUUAUGAUAAUUAUGCACUUACAUUAUCAAAUAAUCACAUUUACAUCUAUUUUGCAGUGCUCUUAUUAAUUUCCUUUGCCAUCUAUAGUUAAGUGGUGUAAUCUAAUCUUCAAAAUAAAUUAGCAUUAGUAUAAGACUACCAACACUAGUAUUUCACACAUUUUCAUAACCUUAUUAAAUACAACUUACAUAAGAAACAAAAAUAAUUAAUGUGUAAUCAACUCGAAUCAUAAAAUAUCACCAAAAAUGAAGAAUUAAUCAACCUAUAACAAAAUUUCUGAAUAGGCCAUAUUCGUAUUCUCGGUAUUGGUCGAACUAGAACUAGCUUGCAACCAAGGCUAGGAGGAAACAUUAUUAAUAAUUAUUUUUAGUGUUCCUUUUCAUGGCUCCUAAAAAAGCAACCCAACUAUCAUCUUCUGUUAGAAUACUCUUACUGUUUUCUUUCUUUAUUCCUCAAAUAAUUUUUGUGCUAUAGUUGAUUAAUUGGUAAAAGGACUUCCUGUUGUCCAAAUUAAGUCUGUAAUUAUAUUCAUGAUUAUAACAAAUCAGAGUGCAAUUUUGAGGUUAUCUGAGUUUAUGAGUUUGGUAAUGACUUACAGUCGUAUGGUUACAGACCAAAUGGGACUCACACAGUCCUAUUACAGUUUGAUCUGAAAUGACUUAUUUGUAAAUUAAUUUCAUUUAUGACGGACCAAUGCCGAUCAGCGCUUUGACUCAUUUUUCAAGCCUCAAGGUGUACUUAAAUCCAAUUUAGGAUUUUGACACAAAAA